AGCAGCAGAAAACAGCCACCUACGUGACGUCAACGCAAUCGUGUUUACGUGGAUAACAUGGCGGCGGAGAUGUGGUUGUAGCAAGGACUAUGUCUUCUCCUAAUGCAAGCCUGUCGCAGUGAUAUGAAACCAUUACUAAACAAAGUGAAUGUCAACAAACAGAAACUUUCCCAACAGACUCUGGGCUAAUUUGCUAACUCUUCGCAUGAAGCCCUUUUCCCUCUUCUCUCAGCCACAGUGACAACGGUAAUGGAAGACGAAGAGAGGCAAAAGAAGCUCGAGGCCGGCAAGGCAAAGUUGGCUGAGUACCGGCAGAGGAAAGCUCACGCAGACAGACAGAAGAAGCAAAAGAAGAAAAAGAGGAGAGAAACAGACGACGACCCAGGUGGAGAUGGACCGGGGAGAGGGGAGGCCGAGCAGGAGUUGGAUCAGUUGGUAGGGGAGGAGGUGUCGGGGAGUAGGGGGGUGGUAGGAGGAGGAAGAGGUGAACCGGACCCCCCUACCACAGAGUUUACCUUCGCCAGGACCCUGCGUUGUGGUGAGACGGUCAAACACGACCAGACGUUCACCAUAGAGCCAGAUAGUGAAGUGUCCACCACAGCCGAAGACUACUCCUCCGAGGUGAAUGGCUGCCUUGAGAUGACCAAGAUCCCAAUGGAGACUUCCAAGGAGUUUAUCUGGGAGGAAGUGGACCCUGUGCAGCAGGAGACGAGGGGCGGAAGGGUACAGGUCAUGGAGGAAGAGCUGGCUGCCAAGACUCUGGUGGUGGAGCAGCUGAGCCGAGAGCUGGAGGAGUUUAGAGCGGCCUUCGGCACAGAAGGGGUGCAACAGCUGCAGGACUUCGAGGCUGCCUUGAAGCAGCGAGACGGCAUCAUCACACAACUGACAGCCAAUCUGCAGCAGUCUCGCAAAGAGAAGGAUGAGGUCAUGAGGGAGUUCCUGGAGAUGACUGAGCAGAGCCAGAAACUGCACAUUCAGUUCCAGCAGCUGCAGGCAGGUGAGACACUGAGGAACACCAGCCACAGCAGCACAGCGCAGGACCUCCUGCAGGCCAAGCAGCAGCUUGUCCAAUACCAGCAGCAGCUGGAGGAGAUGGACGGCCAGGUCAGAGGGCACCAUGAGAUGAGCGAGGAGCAGCUGCUGCAGAUCAGCCAGCUCCAGCACCGGCUUAAGGAGGCUGAGAUGGUGGAAAGAAGAACAGAAGAGUCAUUUGCACAAAGGUUAAAUGAGAAAGACCUGCUGAUUGCUAAACAGGAGAGAAUUAUGGCAGAGCAUGAGCGUUCCCUAAUGCAACUUAGAAAAGAGCUCACACAUGUGGGCAGAGGGGCAGAGGAGUCACUUGCCCAAAGGGUAAAUGAAAAAGACCUGCUGAUUUCGGAGCAAACUGCAAUAAUAACAGAACAUGAGCGUACACUGACCAUGCUCAAGGUGGAGCUUGCACAGGUGGGAAGAAUGACUGAGGAGACUUUUGCACAAAAGUUGAAUGAGAAAGAACUGCUGAUCGCUGAGCAAGAGAGAGUCAUGUCAGAACACGACUCCUCCCUCCACCUGCUAAAGGAUGAGUUGACGGCCUCUGAGAAACGCUUAAACGACCUCAACCAGCAAAUUACCGCAAAGGCCCAAGAGCUGGAGAGCUGUAAGAGUGACUUAGAGAGCACUACAGGUCAGUUGAAUAGCUGUAGGGUUGAGCUGGAGGGCAGUAAGGGUGAGUUGUAUAGCUGUAGGAUUGAGCUGGAGAGCAGUAAGGGUGAGCUGGAUAGCUUUAGGUUUGAGCUGGAGAGCAGUAAGGGUGAGUUGGUUAGUUGUAGGGUUGAGCUGGAGAGCAGUAAGGGUGAGCUUGAGAGCUGUAGGGUUGAGCUGGAGUCCUGCAGGGGCGAACUCUCAGCCUCCAGGCAGAAGGAGCGGAUGUCCUCCAGCGAGAUCCAGCAGCUGAUGGGUACUGUGGAAGACCUCCAGAAGCGAUGCCACCAGGGCAACCUGUCAGAGUGUGACACCCUCCAGAGGAUGGAGGAGGACUCAGCCCGCAGGCUGGAUCAUCUCAGGACAGAGCUAGACGAGAUGUACGGUGAGCAGAUAGUCCAGAUGAAGCAGGAGCUUCACUUGCAGCACUCUGCUGCCCUGGAGCGGGUCACGGCGCAGCAUCGCAAGGAGCUAGAGCUUCUAAAAGCCCAGCAAUCUGUGACCAGACCUAGUCCAGAGGUGGUGAUCGAGCUCAAGGGCAAGAUCGUAGUGCUUCAACAGAGGCUCCAAGAGGCCCAGGUGCUCCGUGAGAAGGCAAGACAGGAGCUGUCCCAAGUGGCACAGGAGAAGCUCAACCUCCAGGGUCAGGUGGUUGACCACCUACAUGACCUCCGCUCAGCCCGGGCCAAAGUGGAGCAGGCCUCCCAGAACAUCACUGUCCGUGAGAGUCUUCAGGGCGAGCUGCAGCGCCUACAGGAAACCAUCGAUGACCUGAAGGCCCAGCUAGCCACCGCUGCGGAGUCGGCAGUAGAGAUCGAGGCCAAGCACGAGUCAGAGACAACCAACUACAAGAUCAAACUGGAGAUGAUGGAGCGGGAGAAGGAUGCAGUGCUGGACCGCAUGGCUGAGUCACAGGAGGCAGAACUGGAGAGGCUGAGGACACAGCUCCUCUUCAGCCACGAGGAGGAGCUCAUUCUCCUUCGGGAGGACCUCCGUAGGGAGAGCCAGCUCAACGCCGAGAACCUCCUUAACGAGGCGUCCAUCCGGCACGGCCGAGCUCUGGAGGAGCUGCGGAACGCGUACAAGGACGAGCGUGAUGAGCUGUUACACCAAAUCUUUGCACUGAAAGAUGACUUGAAGAUGGCACUGCACAGCUCGAAAGCUGAAGAGCUGGUGGUGCAACUCAAGGAACUUCAAGUGGAGGUUGAGGAAUUGAGAAAGGGUGGAGAAGAAAGGGUCAGAAUGGAGAGGGAAAUCCAAAUGCUGCUGAAAAAGAAUGACCUGCUAGAAAACCAGUCCAAAGAGCAAGAAAAGAGCUGGGACAGCAAAUGGAGGAAGCAGGAAUCUGAAAAGAGGAUUUUGAUGGAAACCAACAACGCCAUGAAAGAGGAAGUGGAGUCCAAGAUGGAAAAAAUCCAAUCCUUCACGACAGAAAAUGAACAAAAGCAGCAACAAGUAGUGGAGUUGCAAGAGGAGAUUGAAAAGCAGAGGAAUACAUUCUCUUUUGCAGAAAAGAACUUCGAGGUGAACUAUCAGGAGCUCAAGGAGGAGUACAUGUGCCUUGUUGAGGUAAAGGCGCAGUUGGAGGAGAGGAUUCUCAAGGAGACACUUGUGUAUGAGUCUAAACUCGCUAGCCUCCAGUCGCAGAUUCAGGAGCUGAGGGAGAACAAGGAUACUAACAAAAUGGAGGACAAGUCCAAAGACAAUGGCGGUGCUUCGAUAGAAAAAUACACUACUGAGCUGAUGGAGAAGCUGAAGGUAGCUCUGGCAGAGAAGGAGGAACUGGCUAUGAGGCUGUCUCAAGUUACCGAGCAGCUGACUGUUACAGAAGGUGAAUUGGAUGAGCUGGAAGGAGAGCUGAGUCAGGUCAGGAGAGAAAACAAGGAGGUAAUCGCCCAAAAUGAAAACCUGGAGGAAGAGCUCGAAAGAGAGCGGGAGACUCUGAAGGAGAGUAAGGGAGAGAGAGAACUGCAGGGGCAGAGAGAGGAGGGAGGGAGAGCUGCUCAGAGCCAAGCGAAGCUCCAACAGAGAGGGCAGCCUGUCCAGUCUGCAGCUCCAGCUUGCUCCAUCGAGGAUCAUCACCACCAAAUCGAAUCUCUCCAAGGGGAGGUAGUGGUUCUCCCCUCCUCCUUACAGGCUGCCGAAAUAGAGCGAGACCGCCUCCGACACACUCCGGAGGCUUGGCACCAGAGCCAAACGCUAACUCCAUCUGCAGCCCCAUCUCAGGUCUCAACUGUUGUGGAGGGACCUGUUGAGCUUAGCUCCGCUUUGGAGCCUUCAGCCUCUGGGUCACACAGGCGCAAGACACAGCAGCGGCGAGGAAAGAAGAAGCGCCAGAGCUCUGCCCAGACAAAAGAGAAGCGGGAGAAGGAGGAGGUGGAGGAGAGAAACAAAGCUGGAGGUGCUACUGCUGCAGCAGAGUGGGAGGCACGGGCUCGGAUGGAGAGCCAGGUUCCAUCGAUCUCGCAGCAGAGGACCGGGAAGGAUGACUCCACAGACGGGUACCACGGUGACGGAGAGAGAGACUGCGUUGGGAAGCAGGGGAAGAGCGUAGAUGGGAUGGAGUGUUGGGUGGACCCUGUAGCGAAGCAAGAGGAGGACAGGGACAGCGAAAUCACAGAGCAUGUGGAGUGCAGGCUGCAGCUGGAGGCCCAGCGGAUCAGCCUGUCUCAGAUGCACGCUGCACAGCUGGAGCUGCUCCGGGAGCAGACAGAUGCACGUGUCAGCACACUUGAACAGCAGCUGGGUCGCUUGAACAAAACAUGGGACAAAGAUGAUCUCAGAAGCUCUAAGUACCAGAAUGUGGUGCAAGUUGUGUCUGAAGAGUGCAAGCAACUCAUCCUGUCCUAUGCUAAACUUUUUGGAGAGGAGUUCUUGGAGUAUCUCCACCCCACUGAUGUCGAGGACUGGAAGAUUCAUUCAUUUGAAAAGGAAGAAACGAGGGAUUCCAGUGCUGUUUUACAGGAGGCGAAAGAAAUGUAUAGAGACCUUCAGCAGGUGAAGCAGAGGAUUGAACAGGAGUACAGUCGUCUCCUACAGCUCCAGUCCUUACUGAAGGCAGAUGGCAAUAAGAUUGAGGCGAUGCAGCUGAUGUUCGAUGAGCUGAAGCGCAGCAGUGAGGAGAAGAUCGCCAGCCUGCGCCGGCACAUCGAUAGCUCCAGCAUCUCUACACACAAUCUCAAGGAUCUGAGGGAGCCGACCGCGGCCUCGCCCUCCUCCCACACUGCUGAGGAUAUCCAGAAGCUGAGGGCCGACGUCCAUCAGCAGCGGGCCCAGCUGGAGGAAUGCCACAGGUUGGAAGUGGAGCGCCUCAGGGCCUACUACCAGCAGCAGGCCAAAGCGACUGAGGAGCGCUAUGCUACCGAGCUCAUCGUGCUACAGCAGCACCUCGAUGAGGUCACGGGCACCGAGGCCCAAUUCAGCCUGUCCAGUGCUGCCCAUCUUGGCUUGCGGACCGAGGAAGAGGACGCAGAGGAACUAAAGCUGGUGGAGGAGGAUGCGUUAUUGGUGGGUCUGGACGCGGAGCUACGCGGGCCAGCCAAGUCUAUUGGCAUGACGGCGCUGCUGCAGACGCUGAGGAGAGCGCUCAGCCACAAGUACCACCAGGAGGUGGCAGCGCUAAAGGAACAACACUGUGCUGAGCUCACCAGACUCAGAGAAGAGAGGGUGCAGGAAAAGAGAGAGAGAGUGAGGGAGGAAGGAGAGGAGGACGUGCAGGUGAAGCUGGACCCGGAGGGCAUCAAUGGGAGCAAAUGCUAUAUCGAGGGACCCAGCACGGAGGACCAAGGCGUGCAGGAGAGGAGACACCAGGAGAGGGUGGAGGAGGAGAUAGCUAAGGUCAUAGUUCAGAUGUCGGUGGAGUUUGCCCAGCAAAGCGAAUUGGCCCGAAUCACCAAGAGCGCCCACGAGACCACCUCAGCCAUGCAGACCCAGUCCGAGGAGGACGAGGCAGGGGUGGAAGAGGAGCAGCAGACCCCUAGGAGCUCACUCACCAAUGGCAUCUCUCUGGAGGAGAUGCAAAGGAGGUUCGUGGAGGAAAAAGAAAGGCUGGAGAAAGAGCUGGAGGAGAGGACUGCGGAGCUCCAUGGGAUUAAAGAGCAGCUUCGCCGCAGAGGUCCAGGAUCUGAGCAGAUGGGAUAUUCCUCUGAGGGAGAGAGUGAGAGAAAAGCAAGUAGAAAGAAGGAAAGAGCAAAAGCGCAAGUGAAAAGCAGAGUCUCACAGAAAGAAAAGAAGAGGGGAGAAGAGGAAGGUGAGGAAGAUGAAGAGGUCAGGUGGAAGAGGCCCAUGGGUGGAAAUAUCUCGUCACAAGAUAGAGAGGAUGACUCUUCUUGUCCAGAUCAUCAAGUCAUCACUACUGAGAGGAAUCUGCUGCGUAAGGCUAACGAGAGCCUCCGACAGGUGCUGAGUGAUGUGCUCAAGACCACAGCGGCCGCUGAGGAAACCAUCGGGCGCCAUGUGGAGGGGCUACUGGUACCCCCCUCCUCCUCACAGAGACCCACCUGGCAAAGAGCAGCAGGCGAGCCCUUUAGGCCUGCCACAGGGGCUGCUGAAGGCUUAAGGGGAUACUGCGAGACUGGCAUUUUUAAGUGCAAUGACUGGAAGUCUACAGAUGCGUCAACCACUGAGAGUUGCCAAGGCAGCAAGACUGGGGCGGAUGACGUGAGCAUGUGGUCGGGUGAGACAGAGACGGACAAGGGCCUGGAGUUGUCCCAGCAGAUGAUGACUGACUGCCACAGCCUGUUGCCAGGAGCGGAGCUUCAGCUGGAGAACGAGGAGUACCUCAUGAAUAUUAGCUCCCGCCUCCAGGCCGCCGUAGAGAAACUGCUGGUGGCCAUCACAGAGACGACCAAUCAGCUGGAACAUGCGCAGGUCACCCAGACGGAGCUGAUGCGCGAGUCCUUCCACCACAACCAGGAGAUUGGCGAUCUUCUGCGGCGGCAGGAGGAUCUGCAGGAAAGGCUGGGGGAGGAGGGGCGCGCCCGUGAGCAGCUGGCCCUGGAGCUCCACAGGGCAGAGGGCCUGAUCGAUGGCUACACGGGUGAACGGGCCGCGCUGGAGGAGCAGGUGCGUCAGAAGGAGGAGCUACAGCUAAGCCUGGAGCAGGAGCUGCAGGUGACAAGCAGCCGUCUACACGAACUGGAGCAGGAGAGGCUGCAGAUGCAGGAGGAGCGAGAGAUACUGUCACGGCAACAGGACGCCAUGAGGGAGCAUGCCGGCCCGCGCGAGUUACGCCUAGUUGAAGCUGCAGUCGAUGCAGCGCCUGAAGCAGACCUCCUGGAGGAGACGGAGAAGCUGAUGGCUGAGAAGGUAGAGGUGCAGCGGCAGGCAGAGAAGGAGAGUUUGGGCCUCCUGCACCAGGUGAAAACACUGGAGGCUGAGCUGGAGGAACAGGUCAACCGGGUCAUCGAGCUGGAGCACGCCCGCAAGACAGAGACCGGCGACCUGCUGCAGCAGAUCCAGGCCCUGGAGAAACAGCUGGAGAAGAACCGGAGGUUCCUGGAUGAGCAGGCCAUCGACCGAGAACACGAGAGGGACGUCUUCCAGCAGGAGAUCUUGAAACUGGAGCAGCAGCUAAAGAACAGCCAGAAGCAGCAGCCCGGCUCUGAACAAAGAAGUAGAGAGGUGGAUCAGCUGACCCAGCAGCUGAGGGAGAAGGCGGACUGGUGCAGCGAGCUGCUACUGGCGUCUGAGCAGCUGCAGCGCGAGGUGGGCGAGCGCAACGAGGAGAUCGACAAGCUGGAGGGCCGCAUCCGCGAGCUGGAGCAGGCUCUGCUGGCCAGCACAGAGACGGUGGAGGAUAAGAGGCAGGAUGUGUCUGUUAGUGGGCCUGGGGACUCCUCACUGGAGGCUCAGCUACAAACUGAAAGAGAGGCACUCGACAGGAAAGAGAAAGAGAUCAGUAACCUGGAGGAGCAGCUUGAGCAGUUCCGGGAAGAGCUGGAGAACAAGAGUGAGGAGGUGCAGCAGCUCCACAUGCAGCUGGAGAUCCAGAGGAAGGAGCUGAGCACCCAGCAGCAAGACCUGGAGACUAAGGACAGCCUGCUUCAGGUGAUGGAGGAGAAGGACAGGGAAAUAGCUCUUCUUAAUGAGCAGAUGGCUAAGCUUCAACACACGGAAACAGCCCCUGACAACAAGGAAAUCAAUGCGAGGGAUGAGCUACUGCGGGAUCUGGAGUCCCAGGUGGAGUGCAUGCGGAGCGAGCAGCAGCGCCUGAAGAGGAACAGCGAGGAGGAGUUGGAGCAGCUCAACGCCGUUAUCGACAAGUUCCAGGAGGAGCUGGCCAACAUUGAGCGGAAGCAGUUCUCGGAGACAGAAGAAGAGCUCAAGCGCCAGUUGGAGAGCCAAGUCGGAGGUCCCAGCAAGGAGGAGUAUGACGAAAUGAAGCAGAAAAUGGACCUGGCCACACAAGAGCUGGACACCAUCAAAGCCGAGCACUGCUCGCUCCUGGAGAGGUACCGGUGCUUGCAGGAGAGCAGACUAGCAUUAGCCGAGUCGGAAAAGGAGCUGUCGGACGACAUAGCGAUGGAGCUGCAAGACGCCCUGAGGGAGAAGACGGCGGCGUUUGUAGUGGUGCAGGCUCAGAUCCAGGCACUUGAGCAGAAUGCUACCUCCAGGGUGAAGGAGCUGAGCCUUAGAGUCCAGAAACUUGAGGCCUGUGUCGCAGAGAGAGACUCUGAACUGACCCGCUGCCGGUUCCUGGUGGAGCGGGCCCAGGAGCAUGCUGAUGACCUCCAGCGCAAGGUCCAGGACCUGGAGGACAAGCUGAGGGAGAGGGUGGCCACUGCGCUUGUCAGCCAGGCCCAACUGGGCGCCAUCCAGCAACAGCUGCAUCAAUCGCAGCAGUCCAAGGGCCAAAGAGCCAAAGGAUCUGUCCACCAGAAUCCCAGGGGACAGAUGGAGGUACCGGACUUCGGGUUUGCAGGAAUGUCCCGAGCAGUGGAGAUCCAAGGAGCCAAACAUGGCCCCACUGGGAAGGUGGUCCUCCUGACGGAGAAGCUCCGCGAGCUGGAGGUAGGCCUGAGUGGCAUGCAGAAGGACCAGGAGCUGCAGAAGCAGUUACUCUCCAGCUCCGAGGAGGAGGUGCUGGAGUACGAGAAGAGGCUGGUCUUGCUCAUUGACCUGCUUAAUCAGAUGAGGACGACCAAGCCUGGUGGACGCCAGAGAACAUUUCCGGCCACAGAGACUGCAUCUUCUGGAGGCAACGAGCUGGCUGUGUCUGAGAUUCUACAGGAGCUACAGAAGGUCAGGGACGAGGCUUCAGCCACCAAAGAACAGCUCAGCAGUUACAGGGAGAGCAGCAAUAAACUCCAGCAGGAGCUCAAGGCAAAAGAGGUCGCAAUGGCCAACCUUCAAGAAGACCUUCAAAGGGUGUCAUCGGGAGGCAGUGAGGCCAAGAUGUCUGCGCUCCAUCGGGAGCUGAAGGAGGUCAAAGAGGAGGCUGCUGCCACCAAAGAGGAGCUCAGCAGCUACAGGGAAAGCUGUGACAAACUACAGGAGCUUCUACAGGAGAGAGAGAUGACCAUAGCACAUCUCAAGGGAGAACUCUACCGGGCCUCAUUGGAAGGUGACGGUGCCUCCACAUCCGAGCUUCUCCAAGAGCUCCAAGAGGUCCGAGACGAGGCAGCCGCUACCAAAGGACACCUGAACAGCUUCAAAGAGUGCAGCGAGAAACUUCAGACCGAACUCCAAGUCCGCGACCUGUCAAUCGCUCAGCUCAAAGAGGAGCAACAACAGCUCAGAGUAGCCUUGGCGAAAUCCGCGGAGUCACCAUCACCACUAUCCCCAGUAUCACCAUCUCAGUCUCCCUCACUCGAUCAGCGGCAGCAAGCGCCACCCUCCCAUCCGAAAAAGAAAGGCGUAAAACCGCAAAACCAACGCCAGGGGGCCAAGGGAAAAAUGGCUGCCACUGCCAAAGACAAACCAUCGCUCUCCAGGAAGAACUCUGCCGCGGCAAACCAAAAGUCUUCCGACAAAUUGUCCGGUCAAUCGUCUGAUCUUAAUGGAUCUCAACAUCCGCCUCAUACAGACGCUGGCACCCAGACGGAGACAUUUUCCUCCCAGACAUCUGGCCAGCCCAGAUCUGUUUCAGAGGAGGAAGAGGUGGAGGAGAUGAUCGGGGAGUACCAGGAGAACAUCGUACAGAUGCAGGAGCUGCACGCGGCAGAGAUCCUGGACAUGGAGGCCCGGCACAUCGCGGAGAGCGAGGCCCUGAAGCGGGACAAUCAAAUACUGGAGGAGGAGUGCAAGGCUCUCAAGACCGUCAUCGAGAAGCUGCAACGCUCCCACGAAGCCCCCUCAUCGAGACCAGAGCGUCCCGCAGGAUCACAAUUCAAAGACGGCUACACCAGUGACAGCAGUUCUGAAUGGAGUCAGAGGACAGGCUACGACCUGCCCAACCUGCAGCAGGAGUUCAGGACCACACCAGAGGGAGCCAGAAAAGAGACAGAUGAUGCACUGCCUGACAGAAUUAAGAACCUGCUCCGCGAAGUGCACCAGGAGGGCAUGCAGGUGCUGUCCCUGUCGGCGCUUCCAAUCCCAGAGGGCGAGGCUGACCCAGCCAGCUUGUUCCACCAUUCCCAGGGCUGGCCCAACGAGAGAGAGGCCUUGCUGGCCACCGUGGAGUCCCUCAAGGCCCUCAUAACCCAGAUUCAAACUCACAGCAGGGAAACACAGACCCCAGGUAGUGCGGACUGGCGUGGAGAGCUGCUGGGGGCAGUGCAGCAGGUGUUUGUGAGGGAGCGGAGUGUGCUGAAGAGCGCUGCCUAUGCCCGACUGGACCUGCUGGACACUAGCGACGCGAUCAUCCACCUCAACCAGCUGGAGCACAGGCUAGCCGAGCAGGACACCCAUCACAGAGAUGCCAUGGGGAUGCUUCAGACUGCAGACAGAAGCAGUUUGCUGACAGAGGUCCGGCAGCUCCGGGCCCAGCUAGAACAAUUCCAAGGCCAGGAGCCUGGCAGGAGAGGCAGAUCCAAUCAUGGUGUUGAGCAGCAGAGGGAGAGAGGUGGCGUUCCAGAGCCCCACAUUCUGCUGCAGGCUGACAGGGCCCUGGAGGAGCUGAAGGGAGAGCUGGCCCAGACCAAACUAGAGCUGGAGACCACGCUCAAGGCCCAGUACAAACACCUGAAGGAGCUGGACACAGUCAGAACGGAGAUGUCACAGAAGGCUGCUGAGGUGGACACCCUGGUGGACAGACUGGCAGACGAACAGAAGAAGGCCAGAGAGCUGCAGUGGGCCUUCGAGAAGGAGAAGUGUAAAUCGGACAAGAAAGAGGAGCUGGAGAGAGAGGAGCUGGAGGAUCUCAAACUGGCCCUGGAGGAGCAGCAGAGUCUCGUAGCCCAGCUGACCUCAACCCUAGGCCAGGAGCGCCAGUCCUCCUCCCAGCUGUCCCUCCAGGCCGAACAGGAGCGCUCCAGGCUGCAGACCCAGGCCUCGCAGCUCCAUGUCCAGCUAGUAUCAGAGCGAGCCCGGGCCCAGGAGCUGAGUAGCGCCCUGGGGAGAGAGAAGGAGCAUCGCCACCACGGCUCCUCCUGGAGAGAGAACCCAGAGGGGGAGGUGGCUAGGAAGGGGGAGGAUGAAGUGGUGGGAGGGGCGAUGUCAUCCGAAGGUCUGCUGGAGGGACUGCAGAGGGAGCUGGACAAAAAGCAUGCUCAGGUGGUUAGUCUGCUGGACGAGGUGGAGGCCCAGAAGCUGGCGGCGGUGCAAUGGGAGGAGGAGCUAACCUCUGCAGCUCAGAGGUCAUGCCAGGACCAGGAGGCUCUGCGGGAGGCCAAGGGCCAGCUGGAAAGCCUGGGGGAGCAGGCACGGGAAGCCAUGGAGCAGCUGAAGAGAGAGGUGCAGCAGGGGAAGCGGCUGGAGCAAGAGAAGGAGAGGCUCCAGGAGAGAGUGGUUCAGCUGGGAGAGACAAGAGAGGGGGAGAGGAGCGGGACGCAGCAGCAGCCUGAUAACCAAAACCAGGCUGUGUGGCAAGGUGAGCCCACAGACCGGACCAGAGACUGGGUGUUCAAGCAGAAGUCUGGCGACACGCUGACUGUCAACCCCAGCACACCUUCCCUCCUCAAUGUCACUGGGACAGGGGGCAACCUCGCCCCCCACCAUGACCCCAAACACUCAGACAAGGUCUUGGGCAAACUGCAGCUCAUUGCAGCCAAGAUCCGAGCCAUGGUCAGCAAGGGCUCUGGCAGGCUGACUACAGAGGUGGACAGUGAAGGACUGCCGUGGCUGCAGACGAACAUUGAUGAGGUCAUCACUAUGCUGCAGCAGUCUUCAGAGCUCCCCUUGGUCCCCUCGAACACCGCCCUUGUGGCUGGUGGCCAGUCCAGCUCCCUGACAGAGCGGCUGCUGAGGCAGAAUGCUGAGCUCACAGGCUUCGUCAGCCGCCUGACAGAGGAGAAGAACGAUCUGCGCAACCAGACCCUCCGCCUGGAGGACGAGCUUCGACGCUACCGACAGGCUGGUCUGGGAUCAGGGGGCAUCUCCAGGAAAGGUGGUGUGGACAAGCAGCAGGAGGCGGCCAGCGUUCUGUUCUCGUCGGAACGCGAAGCCUGGACCAGGGAGAGGAGCCGGCUGGAGAAGGUCCUACGUCUAGCCCAGGCAGAGGUGACCCGACUCAGAGGAGAGAUCAGGACAGAGUCCCUCAGAGACAUAACUGGACCGGAGGCAGACAACUCCACACUGACGAAGAUAUAUGGCAAGUACCUACGCUCCGAGAGUUUCCGCAAGGCCCUCAUCUACCAGAAGAAGUACUUGCUGCUGCUGCUCGGCGGCUUCCAGGAGUGCGAGGAAGCCACGCUGUUGAUCAUCGCCCGCAUGGGCAGCCGGCCCUCCCACUGCAGCCUGGAGUCCCUGACACAGAGCCGCCGGGGGCUGACGCGCUUCCGCUCGGCCGUCCGCGUCUCCAUCGCCCUCUCCAGGAUGCGUUUCCUGGUCAAGCGAUGGCAUAAAACUACGGGGAUGAGCUCCAUAACAUCUGUCAACGUGAACAGAAAUGGCCUGGGGCAGUCAACGGGUAAUGAGGUGAGAACAGAUUCACCCUACCUGCAACCGGGGAGUGUGGAGGUGUACGGAGAGAGGAGAGGGGCCUCCCCCAGGUCCGCUCUCUCCUCUGCACAACACAGGUUCCACAUGGCUGGGGACUCUGGCCCUCUGACCUGCUCCUACCUCCAGAACUACGACCCUGACCGAGCGCUCACCGACUACAUCUCCAGACUGGAGGCCCUGCAGAGGAGACUGGGGAGCGUGCAGUCAGGUUCUUCUUCAUAUGCUCAAUUGCACUUUGGAAUAAAAAGAUGAUAGUCUAUAAAUUACGCUGGAACUGGCUUGAAGAAACUCAGUUGCCUUUUCUUGUGCUGAGCUUCGGUAUUUUGUAUCAUUCUGCUGUGUACAGUAUAUUACGUGGGGACCAAAAAAUAUUUUGUGUGUAGACAUCUUAUAAUCGAGCUUUUUGUCGCCAGCACUUGAAACAGCUUCUAUGUUUGUAAACUUUGGUCUGCCUCUUUGUUGUGGAUGAACACAAUCACGUUAAAUGUAUAUUUGUGGAAUGCUAAUUUAAACGAAAAACCUGGAUUCAUUUAAUUUAUACUGUGUAUGUUACUUUGUGUGGGUGGAAGAAUACGUAGAGCAGGCUUCUCCGGAGAACUCCAGCCCUGGACUGGAACCGGGUGGGCGUACAGGUCUUUGCUCCAGCCCAGCACUAACACGCCUGAUUUAAAGUAACUGGUUUCUUAAAUAGAAGUCCAUGAUUUAUGGAUUUUUGGAAAUGUUGGUUAGUGCCGGGCUGGAACAAAAGCCUGCACACCCAGUAGCUCUCCAGGACGGGAAUUGGGAGAACUCUGCCAUGGAGAAUUUGACUUUACUGUUGAGGCUGCUACAUGAUCUAUAUACACCACGCUGUGUUUCAUUAGAAUGGUUUCUUGGACAGACUACAGAGGACAAUUUGUAGAAGACAUAUUUUUGUAAAGGUAGGAGCUUUGAAUUUUCGGGGUAUUUUGUCAAAAACAGAAAUAAAUAUGAAUUUUAACACUUGAAA